AUGACUGAGCGCCGUGCGCGCCUGGGGGCCCGUCCCAGUCGGUCGUCCCUGUGCUGCGAUGCCCCGGGAUCCUCUCGAGCCCGCGGCUGCGGGCAUCCUGUUUUCUUUUUUCGGCGAACCUCUGCGCACCUAACGACAUCUGCAGCCUGCCGUGGAGAGCGAAGAACGUCACAGGAACCGGUCGCUUCGACGCAGCGGCACCAGACGAAUGCAGCCGACAAGGCCUCCGACAGCUCCGACACGGACUGGCACGCCGAGUGGAGGUGGCUUUCCUGGCUUUCAAAGAAGGCUUCCCCCGCUACUGAGACUGUCUCGCCCCAACCGACGACAUCUGUGUGCGAUUCUGCAGACGUUCGCGCGGCAGCAGACGCGGCGGAGCCUACCGACACCACCGUAGCUGACGCACGGCUUUCAGCUUCUCCCCCGCCUUUCCCUACGCAGUCGCCGCCGUUGGCGUCGCGGCCUCGCGCAGAGUCCCCCGGAUCUGUGGCAUCAGACGCUUCGAUCUGUCCUUCUGUGGCAGCCUCACCCACGUCGCUGAAUUCUCCAGAAGCAGAGGCCGCUGCCCCCGUCUGUGUCUCCGCUGCGCCUCACGCGGCGUGUCCUCCAGGCGGCGCUUUGCCUGCGCCGGCCGAGCUGCCAGCCACGCCCGCCUCGUCUUCGGCGGAAGCGCCCCAUGGGGUGGGAGCCCUCGAAGGCCCUUCGUCCCCUCUGGUCAAGUUCGGCGACCAGACGCUGACGUGGCUCCAGCGGCAGCAGAUGCGCGUCUGGAGCUUCUUUGCGUUGCGUGACUGGCGAGUGAAGACGCUGGUUCACGCACUUUCGGCGAUGGGCGCGCCGGUCGACCUAAUUGUCGUCGACUGCGCGCAGAAGGCGCCUGCGGCCUCUCAGCCGGCCGCGGCGCCUGCAGGCCCGCCGCCUCACCGCGGCGGCUACUCGCCGGUGUACCACACGGUGUGGGUCUGCGGCAACUGCUUCUGGUCGCCGUUCGAGCUGCGCCGCGUGCUCCUUCACGAGUUGGUUCACGCCUUCGAUUUUGCGCGCGCGGAGCUCUCGCCGGACAACUGCAGACACGUCGCCUGCACAGAGAUUCGCGCCUACAACCUCAGCGGCCAGUGCAGCUGGUGGGCGACUAAACGGGUGGACGAAAACCAGUUCCAACGCAUCAACCCUGCGCUGGUGGACGCGCAGUCCGCUGGCUGCUCAGCUCUCGCUGGUAGACGCGCAGGCGUGCCGGCUGAAGGUCCACGCAGCGCGUUAGGCGGCGAGGAGAGGCUGGACGAGCUGGAGGGUGCGCCAGCCGGUAUGGAGCGUCGUGGGCACGUCGCGACUUUCUUCACGGGGGGCGACGCGAUGCCCUGGCAAGACACGAAACGCAACCGGUGCCUCAUUCAUAACGCUUUAAACUCCCUACGCGAUCACCAACAAUGCCGAGCGCGAGGAGUCGCCGUAAGUCCUACCGCCUUGCGCGCAGAGGCGCCCGCGUGGUGCGCCUGCGUUGUUGCUUUCAAGCCGAUACAUGCGUAG